CCCCACUAUUAAUACGGAGGAAGAUAAGAUGCAAAGCAACGGCUCUGAUUCGCAGCCGCAGGAGCCAAAUCAACGGCUCCAACAGCCGCAGCAGUGGAUGCCAAUGCAGUAUCCGCCGGCGGCGAUGGUAAUGCCGCCCCAUAUGAUGACGCCGCAGCCUUACAUGCCGCCGCCCUUGCCGCCGCAGUAUAUGCAUUAUCACCACCAAUAUCAGCAUCACCAUCUCCCUAUACAGCAUUCCCAGCCUCUACAGGGAUCUGGCGGCGAAAACAAGACGAUUUGGGUCGGCGACUUGCACCAUUGGAUGGAUGAGAGUUACCUCCAUAACUGCUUUGCUUCCAUCGGCGAGAUUUCAUCUAUCAAGGUUAUUCGUAAUAAGCAAACUGGUUUGUCUGAGGGGUAUGGAUUUGUAGAAUUUUUUGCUCAUGCAACAGCUGAGAAAGCUCUUCAGAACUAUUCUGGAAUGUUUAUGCCAAAUACAGAGCAGGCUUUCCGCCUGAAUUGGGCGACAUUUAGCACGGGUGACAAGCGAUCUGACAAUGAUCCCGAUCUUUCAAUCUUCGUCGGAGACUUAGCUGCAGAUGUUACUGAUACUUUGUUGUAUGAAACUUUUUCUAGUAAAUUUCCUUCUGUUAAAGCUGCAAAAGUUGUCAUUGAUGCCAACACUGGUCGAUCAAAGGGUUAUGGUUUUGUAAGGUUUGGAGAUGAUAAUGAGAGGUCUCAGGCCAUGACUGAAAUGAAUGGUGUUUAUUGUUCAAGCAGACCUAUGCGCAUUGGUGCAGCAACACCUAGAAAGUCUUCUGGAUACCAGCAACAAUAUUCUUCACAAGGAGGAUAUUCUUCAAAUGGUUCCUUUAGCCAAGGUCUCCAAUCUGAAGGAGAUUCUGCAAAUACAACAAUAUUUGUUGGAGGGCUCGAUCCUAACGUCACUGAUGAAGAUCUGAGGCAGCCUUUCUCGCAGUAUGGUGAGAUAGUCUCUGUUAAAAUUCCAGUUGGUAAAGGAUGUGGGUUUGUCCAAUUCGCCAACAGAAAUGAUGCCGAAGAGGCUUUGCAGAAACUAAAUGGAACUGUAAUUGGCAAGCAAACUGUUCGUCUAUCUUGGGGCCGAAAUCCGGCAAAUAAGCAGUUCAGAGAUUUCGGGAACCAGUGGAAUGGAGCUUACUAUGGAGGGCACAUGUAUGAUGGCUAUGGAUAUGGUCUGCCUCCUCAUGAUCCAAGUAUGUACCACGCAGCUUAUGGAGCUUACCCUGUCUAUGGAAGCCAUCAACAACAAGUAAUCUGAACACACCAAUCUUUAAUCAAUCCUUAGGCACUUUCCAAGUAGAAACAGCUGAAGUUGCUUCAGCUUCUGGAAUUCACUUGGGUUUUUUUUCUUUCUUUUUUUAAUAGAUAUUUUUCCAUAUUAAUCCGCCUUCCAUCUGCGUAGUGGAACUGAAUUUUGAUGACCUAAGCUAGUUCUCUCAUCUCGUAGGGAUAUUUAUAUAUUCAUUUCAUUUAGAUUAUUACUGAAAACUGAUGACGAACUUAUUAUUAGAUUAUAUAUAAUCCCGCGUUAGUGCAUGCAUGAUAU